AUGCCUCUGACUCCCGCUAACCAGGCCCAGCUGGUCCGCUCCUCUCAGAAGGACCAGUUCUACCAGAGCGCCCUGAGGAACUCCGCCAAUGAAGCUUUCCAGACCGCGGCAGGUUCUCGGCGCUGGCUCCAGUGGCGGCGAGAGGUGGAGCUGCUGACGGACCUGACCUACUUCACUCUGACCACGUUCUGCGGGUUCCAGACUCUGGGGGAGGAGUAUGUUGGGGUGGUGCUGGUGGACUCGUCCCAGACCCGGGUCCCCUCCCUGGUUCGGCGCCUGGUCUUCGUCCUGGGACACUCACUGGUGCCGUACCUGGUGGAGCGCGGGCUGCAGAGUGUGGAGAGAGAGCUGGAGCCGGAGAGUCGCGGCCACAGUCAGCGGAACGAGCCGUGGAGCCGUGUUUGGGUCUCUGGUUGGAUGCGGUCACUGACCCCGGACCAGCGAGGCAUGUGUGCGUUGCUGGUGCGUGCUGUGCGUCACACGCUGCAGCGGCUGCAUCAGCUCCACACUGCUCUGUUCUACAUGAGAGGAGCCUUCUACCACCUCAGCAGGAGAGCAGCCGCACUCUCAUAUCUGCGUCUGAGGCCCUCAGAUGGUGACACCAGCGUCAGGACCAGCUACGGCCUGUUGGGGGCGCUCUCUCUGCUGCAGCUGCUGAUCACUGCUCUACUGCAACACAACAUCCUCAGGCAGAGAGAGAGACCCUACAGAGAGCAGCGAGAGAGACCAGAGGGAGAGAGACACCAGAGGAGCAGCAUGACCAGUCUCUCUGACGCCCCCUGUGGUCCUAGAGAGCGCUGCACCCUGUGUCUGGAUCAGAGGAGCCACUCCACAGCGACACCAUGUGGCCAUCUGUUCUGCUGGGACUGCAUCACUGUGUGGAGCAACAACAAGGCAGAGUGUCCUUUGUGCAGAGAGAAGUUCAGUCCACACAGACUGGUCUAUCUGCGCAACUACAGCUGA